AAAGAACUGGACCGUGACAGUAAGAAAACUAGAAGGAAUAUCACACCGUCAUUUCAGAGGUGCAGGGAGCUGCAGGAUUUGUAAGGACUCAUGAAGAUGCAAAGAUGGCCGCUUUUCUGCUGGACAAUCAUGACCACCAGACACCUGUGGAGGGCCCUGUGCCUGCUGGCCCUGCUUUGCACCAUGUCACCUGUCAACUCCACCAACAACCACCAGGACCCCUCAGCCCCAGAGCAGGGAGUCACCUUCAGCCACGUCUACAAAAUCGACAUCCCGGGGAGCGGCAGCUGUAAACUUGAGCGACUGCCAAACCAGGAUGACACAGGUCUGGAGACAAAGACGACUACCAAUGGAGAUAACGACAUCGUCUUCAGACACAACAUCAGGCUGCAGACACCAACGUGUGACUGUGCGGAGUCGGAAAGCUUCAAGUCACUCUUAUACAGGGUCAAUGGGCUGGAGGAAGAAGUCAACUACCUGAAGACCCAGUGCACUCAGGGAUGUUGUGGAAGAGGUGGCGCUGCAGGAGUGGACACAAGCUGUAGUGGUCAUGGUACCUACCAACACGACACCUGCAGCUGCCUCUGUAACCCGGGAUGGGAAGGCCCAGAUUGCUCGGUGUCCUCCUGCCCGGACGAGUGCAAUGACAACGGCCGGUGUGUGGAUGGGAAGUGUGUGUGCCACCAGGGCUACACAGGUGAGGACUGCAGCCAGCUGAUGUGUCCAGACAACUGCAACGACAAAGGACACUGCGUGGAUGGAAAAUGUGUGUGCUUCCCGCACUUCACCGGCGAGGAUUGCAGCAUCCAGAAGUGUCCCAAUGACUGCAUCGGUAACGGCCGUUGCGUGGAUGGCCAGUGCAUCUGUGAUGAAGGCUUUUUCGGGGAAGACUGUUCAUUGGUCCUCGGCCCUCAGGGUCUGCGGCUGGUCCAGGUGACGGACGUCUCUCUCCUGGUUGAGUGGGAGUCGGUUCGCGGGGCCGAGUAUUACGUUUUGACAUAUCAUCCCAAAGGGGAUGAGGGCAGCCUGGAGCAAGUUAGGAUUCCCAACUCAGAGAACUCCUACCUCAUCACUGGACUGUCCCCUGGGGUCACCUACAUCGUCCAGGUGUACGCUGUCAUCAAAGAGAUCCAAAGUGACGCCGACAAGAUCGAAGCCACCACAGAUGUCUCAGCUAUUGAUGAUAUCCGAGUUCUUGGCCAGACAGAAGUCUCCAUCCAGGUGGACUGGAAGAACCCACCAGCUCAGGUGGAUUACUUCAGGCUCACCCACACUGACCCGGCUGGAGAGGAGGAGGAGCAGAACGUACAGAUGAGCCAAGAAGCACGCACUAAACACACGAUAGUGGGUCUGUAUCCAGGAACAGAGUACCUGAUUUCAGUGCAGGCCAUCAAAGGAACCACUGAGGGAAAAUCCUCUUCUGUCACCGGUGCCACAGACAUCGACGGUCCUACCAACCUGGUCACCACUGAAGUAACAGAGGACACUGCCACAGUUUCAUGGGAUCGGGUCCAGGCAGAAAUAGAUGGCUACAUGUUGAGCUACACCUCCUCUGAGGGAUCAAGCGGCGAGAUCCCCGUUGGACGUGACAGCACCUCGUACAGGCUGAUUGGCUUGAGGCCUGGAGUUCUCUACACGGUCUACAUCUGGGCCUACAAGGGGGACCGAGUCAGCAGAAAGAGUUCAACAGAGGCUGAAACAGACCUGGACGCUCCUAUUAACGUCUUGGUCCGAGAUGAAACAGAGUCCAGCUUCAAGGUGUCCUGGGAUCACCCCCAGGCAGAAAUUGAUGGCUACAUCAUAACCUACAGCUCUGAGGGCGCAAGUGGGGAAAUCCCACUCGGGUCUGACAUUUCUUCACACAUGCUGUCCGGCCUGAGGCCCGGGGUCCUCUAUACUGUCUACAUCUGGGCCGUCAAGGGGAGCAAAGCCAGCAGGAAAAGCUCAACACAAGCCGAGACAGAGCUGGAUGCUCCUGCUAACCUCUUAGCCCGAGAUGAAACAGAGUCCAGCUUCACAGUGUCGUGGGAGCCAGCCCAGGCCAAAAUAGAUGGUUACAUCCUAACCUACAGCUCCUCUGAGGGCUCGAGUGGAGAGAUCCCAGUGGCGCCUGGCAGCAGCUCUUACAUGCUGACUAGUUUGAAGCCCGGGGUGUCCUACACUGUCUACGUCUGGGCCAUCAAAGGAAGCAAAGCCAGCAGGAAGAUCUCGACACAGGCUGAGACAGAGCUCGAUGAUCCUGCUAACCUCUUAGCCCGAGAUGAAACAGAGACCAGCUUCAGCGUUUCGUGGGAUCCGGUCCAGGCUGACAUUGACGGCUACUACCUAACCUACAGCUCCACUGAGGGCGCGACUGAACUCCCAGUCGGGUCUGACAGCACCUCUUACAUGUUGAGUGGCCUGAGGCCCGGGGUCCUCUACACUGUCUACCUCUGGGCCGUCAAAGGGACAAAAGCCACCAAGAAGAUUUCAACAAGCGCUGAGACAGACAUCGACGCCCCUACGGACCUGAAGGCAACGGAUGUGACGCUCGACUCUGCGGUUUUGACCUGGAUCCCUCCUCUCGCUGACAUCGAGGGGUACAUCCUCACCUACAGAGAUGAGGACGGCAACACGGAGACGGUUGAGAAGCGUCUUGGAGCCAGCGAGAGCAGCUUCUCUGUAUCCAGUCUGGAGAUGGGGAAGAGAUACAUCGUCACCAUCAUCGCCUACAGGGGGAACAAGAGGAGCAAGGUGGCACAGACCGUCUUCAAAACAGUUGGUCUCCUGUACCCGUUCCCCAUGGACUGUCUCCAGAUCAUGAGGAACGGCAAUGGGAAGAGCGGCAUCUACACCGUCUACAUUAACAACGACCGCUCCAAACCCAUUGAGGUGUUCUGCGACAUGGAGACCGACGGAGGCGGCUGGCUGGUGCUCCAGCGUCGCAACACUGGCAAGCUGGACUUUUUGAAACGCUGGAGACAGUACAUAGCAGGUUUUGGCGACAUGACAGAGGAGUUCUGGCUCGGUCUGGAUAAGAUAUACGAGCUCACCAACACUCCUACUCAGUACGAGCUGAGGUUCGACCUGGGCCUGGGCUCAGAGAGAGUGUACGCUGUGUAUGAUGACUUCAAGAUUGCACCGGUCAAGCAGAAGUUUAAACUCACCAUCGGCAAAUACAGUGGGACAGCAGGCGAUGCCAUGAGCUACCACCAGGGCCGGCCCUGGACCACUAUUGACUCAGAUAACGACAUCGCCCUCAGUAACUGCGCCCUGGCCCACCGCGGCGCCUGGUGGUACAAGAACUGUCACCUGGCCAACCUCAACGGAAACUGGGGAGACGAGAGGCACAGUAUGGGAGUGAACUGGAAACCGUGGAAGGGCCACCUGACGUCCCUCGACUUCUCCGAGAUGAAGAUCCGACCCGUGGGAGCCUUGUCUAGCAGGAAGAGGCGAUCGUUGAUGGCCCGGGAGAAGAGCAGAACCGCAAGCCUCCAGAAGAAGUAGUGGGGCAGCUCGCACUGAAACCACAGCAGCCCACUAAACCCGCCAAGCAAGCUCGAUAUGGGUGUUUCUGUGCAACGUCUACAGGCCUUAAUGUGUCUCAACUCCUCGACAAUAUGUUACACGUUUUGGGCAAAAAAAAGAAAGGGGGAAAGCUCACACUCAAGAAUAAGUUAUUAUCUGUUUGUAAGAGUCACCAGACAUCCAAAAGUGUCGAUUGUGGGAAAUACAGAGCUGCCUCAGAGUUGUUCUGAAGUGAAGUUAAACACUUUGAUCAGUUAGAACGUGAUUCUAAUCUUAUACCAACUCCUGUUUCACCGAUUCUGGUAGUAACCUCAAUUAUGAGUCGGGAAAACAGAAGAUUUCAGUUCAGUCAGGAGCCAAGGAAUCUCAUUUUUCUCCUAUUACUGCAUUCAUUUUAACUUUUUCUUUAUAAAAACCUCAGGGCGGCAGCCCAGGUGAUUUGUAUUAUAUUUGUUAAUUUCUUGUCCUAUGAAGAGUAGCAACUUUUUGUGUGUGUGUGUGUGUGUGUGUGUAUAGUAGUAUUGCCAUGAUCACAUAAAUGUAUAAAAAAGGAA